ACAACAUGAAACACUAACAACAUCCAGAGAUGUUAAACUGGAUUCCGGAAGGACAAAUCGCUGAGCAGGCAUAAAAAGUAGACAUUUAGAAUUAGAACCUAACUACUUUACAAAUUCUAUUGCACCUUACAGCGCUACAGAAUUAGGUGUUAGGUUAGCUGAUAGUGUAAGUUAUGUAAUAAAACUUACAUCCUGGUUUUACAACUCGCUUUUCCAGUUGUGACGUCACCUUAGGUACCAGAAAAAAGCAAAUGUGAUUUAUUACUACUUACCAAACUUCGAUUUUACUUUCCCACAAGACCCAUAUUUACUAUAUUAAGCAUAUUAAGUAUAUGCUUCCCACAAUGCUUAGUACAUUUGUAUGCACGAAGUGUGUCGUAUUCUGUUUAGGGCUGGGUUGCUAUGAAGACGCGUACUGGGGGUUUCCCAAACACUGACGUAAGGGGAUUUCCACAUUUCUACACCAAUAUUCAGCGGAGAUCUAUAGCUUACAAUGAUAGUGGGAGUGCACUUUAAACAAACGAAAAUCCGCAGUGCUAGAGGCGCACUUCACAUUUACUUCAGCUCAGCGCUUAGCGGUGCGACAUCAUCUGGGACCAGGAACGACAACUAGCUAGCUGCAAAAACCUACGUUAAAAUUAGCUGUGGAGGAAUAGUGAAACAAGUUUAAGUUAAUUCCAACAACGCCGACAUUUGUUUUGGAUUCAUUUGUAUAAUGCAAAUCCAGACAUAAAAGUGCGUCGCAACAGCAUCUCAAACUACCAAGAAUCGGUAAAUAUCUGUAAAGCAAUAAAAUGAAAUUGAAUAUUUGAAAAGGGGCUUCUUAAUAAACGAUGAGAAAUGGGCUCCACGGACGCAUCGCACGAAUACCUAGAUCUAAUUGAUGAAUAUUUGUUGGAAGAAAAAAUGUCAGCCACCCCGGUGCUACCUAGAUCGCCUCAGGUUCCUCAGACCUCCAGGCUGAACUCAGCAGCUCCAUCACGGGCACGGCGUGCCCAGCCAGUACUGGUGGCCAGAGGAACGGGUCCCCAAUUGAUGUUUCCAAUCUGCCAGUCCAGUCCAGAUGCCAUGGCCUCUCCCAUUUCCAAACAUGGAAGCAUGUCCUCUGCGAUCCAGGCGUCAGUGCCCAACAGGAUGGGGACUGUCCACGGAGGCACCGAUCUUCUGGAGAAGUUCCUGGAGAUACCGAAGUGUUCCAUUGUGGAGCAGCCCAAAGAGCGGGGCAUGCGGUUCCGCUACGAGUGUGAAGGGAGGUCGGCUGGCAGCAUCCUGGGGGCGGGUAGCACGGAAGCUAACAAGUCCCUCCCAGCGAUUGAGAUCCGGGGAAACUUGAGGCAAGUGAAGAAGGUGAAGAUCACCGUGUCCCUGGUGACUAAAGACAUCCCUCACCGGCCACAUCCCCAUAGUCUCGUGGGUAAAGACUGCAACGAUGGCAUCUGCGUCGUCAACCUCAACCUUCGCACCCAGCCAAAGCACAGCUUUGCCAAUUUGGGGAUCCAGUGUGUGAGGCGGAAGGAACUGGAUGCUGCCCUGGAGAGACGAAGGAAACAGAAGAUUGACCCAUUUAAUACUGACCACUCAAAGAGCAUAGAAGACAUCGACAUGAAUGUGGUGAGGCUCUGCUUCCAGUGCGAGCUGGAGAAGGAGGAUGGCGAGAAGGUUCAGCUCAGUCCUGUGGUGUCCAACCCCAUCUACGACAAGAAAGCAACCACCACAUCGGAGCUGAAGAUCAACCGUCUGAACGUGCUACAAGGGCCUUGCACCGGCAAGACGGAGAUAUACCUGUUGUGCGACAAGGUGCAGAAAGAUGACAUUGAGAUCAUCUUUAGUCGGGACAAGUGGGAGGCCAAGGCAGAGUUUGCCCAGACGGACGUCCACCGGCAGAUUGCCAUCGUCUUCAAGUCUCCGCCCUAUCAAGAACGUGACAUCACAGAAGAGGUGGAAGUGGAUGUCUGCUUGCGUCGGCUGUCUGACCACAUGAGCAGUGAGCCUGUCAAGUUCACCUACCUUCCCCACAACCCAGACCCGUAUGAAGUGAACCGGAAGAGGAAAAUAAAACCAGAUAUCAGUUUUAAGGAUGGCUGCCGUGUUACAACUCAACACCAGGCAAUACCUGAACCAACCAACCACCAGUUUGACUACUCUUUCCUUACCGCUGAGCCCAGCUACUCAGUAGCAGACCUUACGGGGGCAUCUACCAGUCAAUCGUCGCCAGAUUUGAAAGAUAUCCAUUACAGUCCCUCCCUGGACUCAAAACGGGAGGAUAUUAGCGCGGAAGAUUUUCAGAAUAUCUUAAGGAUGAUCUCGAGUAUGGAUGAUAGCGGAAUCGUGAUGCCCUCGGUGACCAUGGCCCUCGACUGCGAGUCCCAGCAACUGCAGCAGCUGCAGCAGCAGCAGCAGCAGCAGCGCAUGUUCCCCGACGUGGGCCACCACGCCGAGCCCAUGCCACUGGACCUGGAGAACAUGAACUUGCUGAACAUGGACCAGACUUUCAUGGAGAACCAGCUGGACCCAGAUUACUACAAUGACGUGUACGUGUACAAUCAGGGCCGGAGUCAGCAGGCCUUCCUGCCGGACCUGGUCGGGUCCAACUCGCAGGCCCUCUGUACAUUUGACAAUGAUGGCCUUAACCAUGUCAAAGCGGAGACACAUACUGACCUGUGAAGGAUAUGAAGCCAGCACCUUCAGGCUGUGACCGAUUGUAUAGGAUUUCAACAUUGCUUGCAUCAUUCCAGUUAUUUCUAAUGCUUAAAAUAUUAGCAAGAAGGUUAAAACAUAAUAAUACUGAUAGGAAAAUGGUUUAGUUCUACUGAGAACUCAUGGAGGGGGGCUGGUGGCGAAGGAGCAUUUCCACACGCGAAUCAUCCCUAUCAUCCCACCUUGUCUACAUCAGGCCAUUCAGGUCCAGGCCUUUUGCUUUGAUGUGACUCUGUCAGAGAUCUUUCCUGGUUCACUGAGGACGCAAUUAAUGUCCAGGAAAAAACAAGGGACCCAAUCAACGGGACAGACAUUGCUGAGCUAAGUGGCAGACUUCAUGCGUUUUCUUGUCGUUGGGGACCCAGAUGGCCAUUUGGUAGGACAGUUGCGUUCGCAUUACAGUUAGAUACAGGUCACCUUAUAAUUAUUAAUGUGAAACCUCAAGAUCCGAUCUGAGUGAAAAAUUGGAAUUGGGCAGUGAGGCGUGUAAUGUGAAAGCAGCCUAUCAAAACGUUAUUGGUAGAGCGCAACAAACGAGAAACUGACGACUCGCUAAUAUGUAUGUGACCGAUAGUAACCUUACAUGCUUUGUCUUCAGCUUUAGCAAUUAGGCACUAGUUUUGCAUUGCACUUCAUGUAUAGGUAUUUGUAAAGGUUGUUAAUAUAUGUAUUAAGUGUGAUCUGUGAUGUAUUUUCGUGGUCCGCUGCCCAGCUUUUCCCUGGUGACAGUUGGCUAUGUCCUGUUCAUUUUCUGUAAUUAAAUAAAUAUGUCAAUAACAA